CCGGAAGUUAACGUCGGGCUUGCCCUGGGCGCCCAUACUUAUUCCGUCCUGAAUGCGGACGGCGAGCUGCUCCAUGGCGCUACGAGACUGGCACGACUUGUCCUCCCGGACACGGCGUACCUCAUCUGGGUCCUGCGCUGCGAACGUGUGAUAGGCGAGAGGGAGCCCUUGCCGGGAAAUCUAGAGCAUACCUAUGUUGAGAACCGAUGGAUGAAGAUGAUCUCGCACCGCCUCCACCUAGACCGCUCCCUCGCGAGCAAGAGAACUGCUGGCAACCGGGCAAUACCAGCGACGGCCGUGUGUGCGACCUGGGAGAAAACCUUGCGCGAUGAACACCGCCUACCGGCAGACUGGACCCGAGAAAAGGAGGUUUUAGUGGGU